GUGUUGCUUAUUCAGCUCAGCCUGCUCUCCUUCGACCUGUUUGUCAACUCAUUCAGUGAGCUACUUCGAGAUGAACAAGCUGUCCAACUGGUACUUUUUGUGUAAGUCCAACAGUGCAGUGAAACACACUGGAGAUGAUUCCAGAAAGAAAAUUGUUGUACCCAUCUGAUAAUGACAAAGCCCUUCCAUGUUAUAAAAUAUCUACUCCCUUCUUUCCUUGUCUUUCAUUUAUAGAAUUCAGGACAUUGCCAUCUUGUUCAACCUCAUCAUCAUUCUCUUGAUGCUGUUUAACACCUACGUGUUCCAGGUCGGCCUGGUAGCCAUAUUGUUGGAGAGAUUUAGAGCUUUGCUAAUGCUUUCUGCACUCUAUUUGACCUUCAGUGUAAUACUCCAUUCCUGGCUCAUGAAUCUGCGAUGGCUAAACACCAAACGAUUUAUUUGGACAGAUGGCCUUCAAGUGUUAUUUGUGUUCCAAAGAGCUGCAUCUGUGUUGUACUACUACUUCUACAAGAGGACCUCGGAGUGUUUGGGUGACCCUCGCCUGUAUGAGGAUUCAGCGUGGCUGCGAGAGGUCUUUGCACAGGUCAGGCAGUGA